AUGACUACCAAUGAAGAGCCACAGUAUAUGGGGAUUAUCAGCUUACUUCAGCAUUUCAGAUGGACAUGGGUGGGAUUUUUAGUGGUGGAUGAUGACAAUGGAGAAAGAUUUUUGGAGAACAUGGAACCCUUGCUUUCCCAGCAUGGCAUCUGCAUGGCCUUCACAAAGCAAAUUCCAAGCCAAGAACAUGCUCGUGAUCAAAAACAAUUAGACGAGUUAAUCCAUAGUAUGCACCAGCUUUUCAAACAAAACAAAAUCAAAGUAUUUGUUCUCUAUGGUAAACCUUUUAAUAUUACAUGGCUGCGGUAUUUUAUUACUGAAGGAGGUCUUGGAGUGGUAGGGAAGGUGUGGAUUACAACUGCCCAGGCUGAUUUUGUUUUAGGAAGCCUUGGCCGGGAUAAAAGUUUGCAAAUGUUCCAGGGUGCUCUUUCCUUUACGAUCCACUCCAAUAAAGUUCCAGGGUUUCAAGAAUAUCUCCACACCCUAAAACCUGACUGGACAAGAGAAGAUAAUUUUCUCAAGGAUUUCUGGCAGGAAGCCUUUGACUGUUCAAUUCCUGAUCCCAAAAUGCCAUACAAAGUCUCUGGAACUUGCACUGGGGAAGAACGGUUGGAGACCCUUAUUGGACCUCUUUUUGAAAUGCGCUUGAGUGGGCACAGUUAUGGCAUUUAUAAUGCUGCCUGUGCGGUGGCCCAUGCUUUACAUGCUUUGUCCUCAUCUAGGUUCAGUUACAGAGGAAUCAUGAAUGGUAAAAAAGGUGCUGUUCAAGAUCUACCACCUUGGAAGCUCCAUCCUUUCCUUCAAGACAUUUCAUUUAACAACUCUGCUGGAGAAAGAGUGUUUUUUAAUGAGAACUGGGAAAUGAGAGCUGGGUUUGAUAUCAUGAAUUUGGUUACAUUUCCAAACAGAUCCUUCCUUAAUGUGAAAGUAGGACGAAUAGAUCCCAGUGCUCCUGAAGGAAAACGAUUCAGCAUUGAUAAGCAUAGGAUUAUCUGGCAUCAAAGCUUCAACCAGGCUCUGCCUAUUUCAGUCUGCAGUGACUCCUGUGCCCCCGGUUCUCAGAAGAGAAAGAAGGAAAGAGAGCAAGUUUGCUGCUAUGAUUGUGUUCCUUGUCCAGAAGGGAACAUUUCCAAUCAAACAGAUACAGUUGAGUGUUUCCCAUGCCCAGAAGAUCAAUAUGCAAGCAAGGAUCAAGAUCAAUGCAUUCAUAAACUGAUAGCCUUUCUAUCUUACAAAGACCCUUUAGGAAAAUGUUUAGCUUCAAGUGCUGUUUUCUUAUCGCUGGUCACAGUUUUUGUGCUUGGAACAUUUCUUAAACACAAUGAUACUCCCAUAGUCAAAGCUAACAAUCAGAAACUCACCUACACUCUCCUUGUGUCCCUCCUGCUCUGUUUCCUCUCCUCUUUCCUAUUCCUUGGUAAGCCAGGAAAGUUCAACUGUCUUCUCCGACAACCAUUUUUUAGCAUCAUAUUCUCAGUGGCUCUUUCUUCUAUCUUGGCCAAAACCAUCACAGUGGUUGUAGCCUUCAUGGCUACUAAGCCAGGGACAGGUAUGAAGAAAUGGUUGGGAACAAGGGUAGCCACCUCCAUUGUCUUCACUUGCUGCAUUAUUCAAACUACUAUCUGUAUCAUCUGGCUUGGAAUCUCUCCCCCAUUUCCAGAUUUAGACAUGAACUCAGUUGCUGGAGAAAUCACUGUGCAAUGUAAUGAAAGGUCUGCCAUUAUGUUAUAUCUUGCCCUGGGUUACAUGGGACUUCUUUCCAUUAUCAAUUUAAAUGUGGCUUUCCUAGCCAGGGAGCUGCCAGAUACUUUCAAUGAAACCAAGUUUAUCACUUUCAGCAUGUUGAUCUUUUGCAGUGUUUGGCUGACUUUCUUUCCAACUUAUCUGAGCACAAAGGGAAAAUACAUGGUGGCUAUGGAGAUUUUCUCUAUCCUAGCCUCCAGCGCUGGGUUGCUCUGUUGUAUCUUCUCCCCAAAAUGUUAUAUUAUUCUGCUGAAACCUGAACUAAACAGCAGGGAGCACCUAACCAGAAGAAAGACAUAG